AUGGCAUCUGUCACCUCAAUUUCAACAACAAUCGAUGACAUUAUUCAUCGAGCAAGUGAAGUAAAAGUGCUUCAAGACCAUUUCAAAUUGAUCACAACUAGUUUAGCUCGUCUUCGGAAUGAAUUGAAUGAUACAAUUGAAACAUUGCAUCAAACUCGUACACAACAAGAUCUUGCACUAAUAUUAAAAGCCAUUAAUGAAAUUGUUACAAGUUGCAGUCAAAAUGAAAAUAAUCUUAAUGGUAUAACCUAUAAAGACCUCGAAUCUAUAUUGUUUCGUCUUCAAUUUCGACUCAUUCAACUUGAAACCAAUACAAAAGACGACUAUCAAUUGAGAGCUCAAAUGCUUAGCAACGCAUAUCAAGAACAGCAACGUAUUAUGCAGAAAUCUUUUGAUGAGAUGACGAAAGAAAGAUUAGGAGCUAUGGAAAAGAAUACAAUAGAACAACUACGUCUCUUACGUGAAAAAUACACAAAAACAAUUGAAUCCUAUCUUCGCAGUUGUAUUGAAUUACAUCAAAAUGAGUCAUUUACUGAUCUCACUGGUGAAAUUGUUGCCAAAGUUGCUCAUAUGUCUUAUCAAAUAUCUUCCGAAGAUCAAACUCAACUAGAACUCAAUUGGAAAUCAUGCAAACUCCCACUCACAAGUAAAUUCAUUCAAUUUAAACCUGAUAAAUCUACAGUAUUCGAAAGAAAUGAAUCACGACGAUUGUUAAUGAACAAUAAAGACACUAUGCUACGAACUAUACAUAUCAGAAAAGAGGCAUCAGCAGGAAUAUGGAAACAAUUGCUUUCAGCACCCUACAUGAUGUCAAUGGUUGAUAGAGAUCGCGAUUCAAAAGAAGAUAAUAUUACUGAAGAAACUAUUAUUCGAACAAAACGUUGGAUUAGUAUUUCAGGUAAUGCAGGAAGUGGCAAAACAAGUUUUGUUCGACAAAUUGUUCGUCAACUAGCUGAAACAUUUCUACUCAAUGAACAACAUUCAACAAAUUAUGGUCCUCUUCGUAUACCGAUUUUGAUUGGUAUUAGCGACUUUGUCGAAAUAUUGAAAGAGCAACCAUCACUUACUUUAUUUGAUUAUAUUGGAAAGCAUAAAUGGUUGGGAAACUCAAUUAUCGAUGAUGCAUCUAUUUCUAUUGAUGAUUUAUCUUAUGCUCUUCAAGAUUACAUAAAACAAGGCCAAGCUCUAAUUAUACUUGAUGGUCUUGACCAAAUUUCAUUUCUCAAUCAACGAUCAAAAAUUAUCGAUGUAAUUCAAACGUUUGUUGAUACUUAUUUUCAAACACCUACGAAUGUAUCUAUCUUCGACAAUCCAUAUCUAAGUAAACUGCUUGAUGAUCCAUCUCAAUCUGGAGGCAAUCAAAUUAUUAUUACAAGUCGUAUAGUUGAUUAUUAUGCUGCUCCUCUAGCUGGACAAUUCGCUCAUUACACAAUUCAGCCGAUGAAUAGGGAACAUAUCAAAGAUUUUAUUGAUUAUUGGUUUUUUCAUGUUCAUCAACAGAUAAUCGAGAUUGUAAACUCUUCAAUAGUUAAUCAAGGAAAGAUUCAGAGUGAAGCAUUGAAAAAAGAAUUGGAAAAACCUGAAAAUGUAACUCUUAUUGAUAUGGCUUCUAAUAUUUAUUUAGUAUCAUUUAUUUGCACUCUAUGUUUUAAUCAAUUCGAUGGUUCACCAUUACCUACUCAACGCAUUCUUCUAUAUGAUCAAAUUAUCAAUUCUAUGCUCAAUUUGUCGAUUAAUAAACGAUCCACGAUUGAAAUGUCAAAAUUGAUUCAAAUUUUAAGUGACAUUGCUAUUUAUAUUCAUGAUUAUUCAUCAUCAGGUCUUAUUGAUGAAGAACAAAUGAAAGACAUAUGUAUUAAAUCAAUCCAAACUUCUUUGGAUAAAACAUUAUUUACCGAAGAAGAUCUUCAGGAUAUUGAAAGUCAAGCCUUUGAAUUUAUACGAAUUAUUCGUGAAGAUACAGGUUUUUUAGUUGCUCGAGGUGAAUCACUUUAUGGUUUUCUUCAUUUGACAUUUCAAGAAUAUUUCACUUGUUUAAAACUUAUUGAAGUAGAUUCAUCAAAACAAAAGAAAUUCAUUACUGAUAGACUCGAUCGAAAAAAUGAAAUUCAACUUAUUGCUAAAUUACUUCGUCAUCACACAAAUGAUCCACGUUUUCGUAUACCAAUUGUACUAGCAUUAGGCAAGAUUAGUUCUUCUUGGUCUCAAAAUGAUUUUGAUAAUCUAUGUUAUGAAUUUAUUCAAGAUGAAAAUCAAUCUAAUUCUCUUCUUCCACUUUGUGCUUUUAUGUUAAUUACUUGUGUUGAUGAUCUUGUUAAGUAUCCUGCCGAUGAAAUUCUAUUCAAGGCUUUAGAUUGUUUAAUAAUUGCAGCUGGUCAACAUAAAUGGUCAAUUGUUUCUCCAUUUCUAUUUGAUCAAAUGACAGUUGCAUUAAAAAAAUUUCGAAAUGAUAUUAUUCAACAAUGGAUUAACAAUUUAUUAUCACGAUCGUCUUCACAUGAUAUUCAAACAAUAUCGAGUCUUUGUCAUUUUAUCGAAGGAAAACCUCAUGAAUUUGAAAAUAUUAAAUGGUUAAAUCAAUCAUUUUGUUCAAUGCUGCAAACUUUGUCAACACUUGAUAAUGAAAAUAAUGAAUUUGCUAUUGAUCGAUUAUUAGUUAAAAUUGCUUACUCAAAUCAUCAUUUAUUACCUAUCGAUCCAAAUACAUUUAAAGGAUUUCUUCUUCAAAAAGAAAUAGAAGUGAAUUCAAUACCUAUUGUUCUCUUUCCUUUAAUCAUUACUUUAUAUGGUGGUUUAAAAAGAAAUGAUCAAGCUGUCAUUUUCGAUCCAUCUUAUAUACAUCGAGAAUGUUCAAUAAUAACACCAGCUUUAAUAAGUUUCUUUUGUGAACAAGAUCCAAAUAGUCAAAAUCAAAAUUUGAAAAAGUUACAAGAAGAAUGUUUAAAAUCAUUUUUAGUACGCAUGAAUAAUCAUGAUGAAUGUCCCCAAUCCAUUGAUUUAUGCACUGCAAUUAUUUGCUUUUAUAAUAUUGAAUAUUUGCAAGAUAAUUUAAGUACCAUAUCGAAUUCAUUUUUAUGUAAGUGUAUGAAUAGAUUAAAAUAUAUUUCAAUGAUUUUACGUCAAUUCUUUUUUACUGCUGAUCGAAAUGAUCGAUGGAUGGAAGAUGAAAUAACAAAAUUUAUUUCAACUGCAAUCGAAAAAUUUCAGUAUGUUGAAGCAACAAGAAUUCAUUUUUUAGAUUUAUUAAAUUCACUAGGAAGUAGUGUAGCUCGUUUGCGAUCGUCUUCAAAAUCUAUUUUUAUGGAAGGAGUUUCAAGAGUUGAUAAGCGAAUAACAUUACAUUUGACUAAUUCUCUUCGAAAAAAUAAGUUUCUCAAUAGUCUUUUAGUGACAGAUAUACAAUUUGAUUCUAAUCAAAAAUCUUGCUCAUUACUUCAUCAGUUUACCAAACUUUUCUGGGUAUUAGACCACAAUGAUGAAUACAGAACACAAUACAGAAUGGCAGUUGCUAUGGAUACAGUACCGCAAUAUUUAGUUUUCCGAAAUGAUGAAGACCUUUUAUUUACAUUAACAUUUGUUCCUGUACAUUUACGAAAUCUCUAUGUUAGAUUAUUGAAAGAAAACUUUAUUACGAUCAAUUCAAGAAAUGCCACAAUGAAUAACAAACCACAUCUAUAUUUUGGUCACAUUCUAAUUGAAUGUUUUAUAUUGUUAUCAAAUGCAUCGUGCAAUACACUGUCUAUUUUCGCUGCUGUAAUUGCUCUGCUACCUUGGCUUCGAGUUCAUAACUUAGAAAACUUUGGUAGUAGUCGUUUAUGGUCAUUGGCUCUAGAAGAUUCUGACACUUUGGGCAGUUUUGAACAAAAGAGACAACGUUCAAUGGAUAAUCAAACCGGUCGAUACACAGAUACAGAUAAAGAUAUUUUUGACGGGAAGGAUCUAACAGAUGAACAGCGAAAAAUACUAAUUCAACAUCAUAUUGAACAAGAAUAUGAAAGGCUUCAAAAUGCGAGAAUGGAAAACGAUGAAAAAAAUAUGAAACUUUAUUCCGCAUCGAUAUCUUUAGCACAUAUUUGCCGUUGGGCUGAAGAUGAAAGAAGAUUAUCUUUAUUAGAACAAAGUAUAAAUGGUGCAAUGUCAAUUGAAAAUAAAAUUGCUCGUCUUGAUGCAUUAUGUGCCAUUGCUUUUUACGCUCACACAGAUUUUGAUAAACUUGAAGUAAGUAGAGAUAUGUCUCUACAAAAAGAAAUUGAACAUCAGUUCAACGAAAUUUAUUCAGAUCUUCCUCUUCUAUUACAUGCUGCUAUUUUCCUUCGAUGUUUACCACUACUUCAACAUUCACAAAUGAUUAAUGAUUGUCUUGAAAAACUCUUUUCUAAAUUUGAAAAUACUGAUCAACGAGAUCAACAAGCAGUCAAUGAAGCGUUAUUACCAUAUAUACAAUCAACUUAUGUUUUGUCGUCUAUUACAAAUAGUUUCUCACUUGGUUUAAUAGACAAUAUCAAAACAAUACAUAAUAAAUCUGUUGUCUUGAAAAAAUAUUUUCCUUUUGUUACACAUGAAAAUGUAUCAUUUACAUUAUUUAUUUCAAUUUUUUUUAUUUCGGAAUUAACCAGCGAUCUUCGUGACUAUAUUAAGACAGAUAAUCGCAAAUUCGUCAUUGAUGAAUCAAUUGUAACAAAGCUAUUUCAAGUCGACAAUUGUAUACUGACAGAAACACAAGCAUUUACAAUAACAAAUAUUCUUGCCUUUAUUUCAUUACCAGAUCAAUCUAAACAGUUUUGA